GGUUUUAUCUUUUGAAGUAUUCAACAACCGCAACAAAAACCAAAAGAUCCGUGCGUGAAUCGCAGCUGAUCAACUUGUGGUGACGCCUGUGGAAUACCUUAGAGCAGAUCGGCUGGACUUCGUAUGAGUUAUUGGACUUCAAGUCCCGAAGACGCACCGCCAUCAAAGAAAAGGAAACCGAGAGAGAGAGGUAAAAUGGCGAGCUCCAGAGGAAAGAAAACCAAUCACGUCAACUCGAAUUGAAUGCUGUACUCUCCAGUGGAAUCUUGGCGAGCGAUAAUUUCGACGGACCGCGAAAACCACAACAGGGAAGCGGCCGCCCGGUGCGUCCGGCCCGCCGGGUGAAAACCGCGCAAGUCCAGUGGAAACCCCGCGAAAAUCCGCGCUUUUAGCCGAGCACGUAGCGAUUCGCGACGACUGGACCAUUCACCUAGAUUUCAACUCAAUCCUCGUUGAUACGUGCUCCGCAUUUUCACCGCCGGAGCUGAAUAUUUAUUUUCCGGGCGUUGUCUCUCAUUAUGCAAUCAGGACAUUAAGCCGGACCUUAAUUCCGCGAGCUGCGUCCUAGCGCCCGGACCCGCGUUUAAAUUUCGCAUGAGAAUUAGCGUCCAGGAAGCUCCCCCGCUCGCAAAAAACCCGGGCGCCCCGGUCAGAAGGUCCACCCUUGAUUCGAUUGCAUGUCAUUUGCUACGCUCCACCGUGAAAGCUCCGCGGAUCACGCGGGAAAGCGCCCAAGACCGGUUUUAUCGAUUGUUCUGUCCAUCGCUCAUGUUUGUCAUGCCUAAAAUUUCGCGUGCCCCAACUUUGUUUGCGUUGACGUUCAAAUAACCCCGGUGGGAAAAUCCGCAUUAUUCCCAACAGAAGACGUGACCUACCCGUGUAAAGUGGCUCUAAAUAAGCUAUGCUCAACAACCUCGAAAUGUCCUUAUCCUCUCUUUUGUACUUUUUCGAAUGUCGCGUGAAUCUCUCUGCUGCCGCGUAAUUGAGCCUGUGCGAAUGUAGCAAAUGAAAAAAUUACCCGCCGAAAUGGCAACGUUAAUAAUAAAAUUACUACGGGAAAUUUACUUCCAAAGAGGAAGGAGGAUCUCGGGAAGGUAGCUUCAAAUAUGAGAAAGGGAUGCGAGAUUCCGUGCGAGAGAACAGCUCGUUCGCGGCGAUUUGGAAAUCGUUUUUGUUCGUCCAAUUUUCUACACAGUGCGGUGCUCGUUACAAGUCGGGAGUGUUGACGAAGAUGAUGCUUCGAAACCUCGGUAAACAACCGGGUUGACGUUCAAAAGCGGGCCUCGAAAAGUUCAACCGCGACGUGAAAUGUUCGUUUUUCACGAUAAAUAGCGACCGGUUCGAUCAAGGCCGAAAAAAAGCUUCCUUCAUUCUUCCUUGUGUCGUCAGGACUUACGACUGGGACCGGCGAAGUGUCCGUUCUUCACGCUAGAUGGUGCUUGGUUGAGGCUAUCCCGGUUCCUUCUUCGCCGCGAAAAUCCGACUACAACGCGUGAAGUGUUCGUUUUUCAUGUUCGAUAACAUUCGUGUAACGCUAUAAAGAGAAUCGAUUUUUACGCGAUAGUGUUGUGCUCUGAAUCACGCAUACGACAGGUGAAGUGUCCGCUUUUCCCGUUGGAUGGCGCUCGGUUGACGGGGCCCUGGGAACCGGUUCUUUUCUCCAACGCGAGGAUGGUGUCGUACGACAGGUGAAGUGUCCGCUUUUCCCGUUGGAUGGCGCUCAAUUGAAGGGCCCUCCCGAACCGGUUCCUUUCUGCAUCGCGAAGGUGUGAUACGACAGGCUAAGUCUCGGUUGAAGGGACCUUCCGAACCGGUUCCUUCCUGCAUCGCGAAGGUGUGAUACGACAGGUUAAGUCUCGGUUGAAGGGACCUUCCGAAACGGUUCCUUUCUGCAUCGCGAAGGUGUGAUACGACAAGUUAUACGCUUUUCCCGUUGGAUGGCGCUCGGUUGAAGGGACCGCGCGAACCGGUUCUUUUCCUCAUCGCGAAGAUGGUGUGGCUCUGACUCACGAUGCGAUGGUCCUCAUCCGAGCGCUCGCUUCUUUCUGUUCUCCCCUCGCAGAGGCUGAGCGUGAGCUUCAACGGCACCUUCUUCGGCAACGGGAGUGACGACAGCGACUUCUGGAACGGGAGUGCGUGGAACCGGUCUCGCGCCGAAACCGAGCCCGAGCUCGAGGGGGCGGAAAGCGCGGGGGACAACUGGUGGGGGUUGCUCGCCGUCAUGCUCGUCGUCGCCACGGCCGCCGGCAAUAUCCUCGUCUGCCUGGCCAUCAGUUGGGAACGUCGGCUCCAGAACGUCACUAAUUACUUCCUGAUGUCCCUGGCCAUAACCGAUUUGAUGGUCGCCGUCCUCGUCAUGCCGCUGGGCAUUCUCAACUUGGUCCGCGGUUUUUUUCCCCUCGCGCCGGUGUAUUGCUUGAUCUGGAUUUGUUUGGACGUACUUUUCUGCACGGCGUCGAUAAUGCACCUGUGCACAAUCAGUGUGGAUCGGUACCUGAGUCUCCGCUACCCCAUCAAAUUUGGGCGCAACAAAACCCGUAGACGAGUCACGCUCAAGAUCGUCUUUGUCUGGCUCCUCUCCAUCGCCAUGAGUCUUCCACUUAGUUUAAUGUAUUCCCAGGAUUACGAUUCGGUCUUAGUAGACGGAACGUGCCAAAUCCCUGACCCUCUCUAUAAGCUGAUAGGAUCUAUUAUCUGUUUUUACAUUCCCCUUAUCGUCAUGCUCAUCACUUAUGCACUGACGGUUCGCCUUUUAGCUGUGCAACAGCAGAAUCUCGGAGGUCGUCCGGCUAGCUGGUCCAGCGGCUGGAUGGGUGUUCCAGGGGUGGACCGGCGCUACACGUGGCGGCGGCUGCUGCACCAGUCGAAGACGCCGCUGUCGUCGGUGGAGUCGACGCCGCAGCACCUGCACCCGCCGGCGACGGGGCACUCGCACCACUCCUCGGCCGGAUCCACCGACACCGACAUGACCACCCUCGACACCCACGAGCUCUGGCUCCCCGACUCCGAGCCGGCCCCCUCCACCCUCUCCGCCCUCCACCAGUUCGGCGCCGAGAUGCUCCGUCUCUCCAGGGGGCUCGAGAGCGUCGGCGCCUCCCUCUCCGAACAGGGCUCCCCGCACACCCCCAUCAAAUCCAGGAGUUCGCACGACCUACGAGACGACGAGCGCUCCCUGGCGGACAGACUCUCGAACAACGUCCCGGCGGGGAACCACGUCUCGAAUGCGGGGGCGGCGGUGCGGCGAAAGGCGGGGUUCCGGAAGCGGCGAGCGACGACGAUUUUCGAGGGCGAGACGAAGCCGAGCGGAAGACGGAAACGAGUCAGGAGCCUCCACGAGAACCACCUGGACCGCCGCGACGCCCACGAGAACCACCUGGACCGCCGCGACGCCCACGAGCCCCAAUCGGACCAGUCCGACUCCGGACUCGACGACUACGCCGAGACGGACCUCUUCGGGGUCGGCGAGGAGAACCACCUCCCAACAAAGGAGCCCAAAAAGACUCCCAACAAACGUACCAAAAGGUUCUUCUCGGUGGAUAUCCGACUGGGCGAUCUCGAGGACGAUACCGUGUCAGCGACGGACUCGGAGCAGGAGAAACCGAGGAAGCGGCACUCCAUCAGCUUCCCGAGGCGGAGUGUACAGGGCGAGCACAAAGAUAGACUGAAAUUGGGCAAAGCGUUCCUCAAGAGAAGGGCCUCGCAGGACGCGACCGAGCCGACCCCCAAAGGGAUCCCGUCCCGGGAGCGGGAGCGGAAGCUGAGUAUACGGACGAUCCAGAACGCGCAGUCGGACACCAACAACGACGCUUCGAGCGAGCCGGAAGCCUCAGACACGGAGACGACCAAGGACCCGCCGGAGAGCGACCUCCAGCUCCCACCGCCGUGCAGGUGCCCGUACAUCGGCGAGAACCGGGCGGCGACGGAGAGCCCGGCGCUGCACAGCCAGACGGUGGUCCGGUGGAGUUGGCGAGGGCAGCAAGGCGAGGCCAAGACGGGGCUGGUCGGCGGCGGCGGAGGCGGACACCACAAGCCGAUCCUCCGACGGGCGGCCACCAUGCGCAACGCCUCCACCAAGGAGAAGAGCCUCCUCCUGACCAAGAUGAGCCACAACUCCUCGGCGCAGCUCUUCCGCAGCGGCUCCACGCUCGGCAGCGGCGCCGCCGUCCGGAACCACCACUCCCGCAACUCCUCGCUCAUGACGCGAAACUCCUCCCGACACGGACGAAUCAUCCGCCUCGAACAGAAGGCCACCAAGGUGUUGGGCGUGGUCUUCUUCACGUUCGUGAUCCUCUGGGCGCCGUUCUUCGUCCUCAACUUGGUGCCCUCCGUGUGCUCCGAAUGCGAGCGCAACAUAAACAAAGGCGUCUUCGAUCUGGUCACGUGGCUCGGCUACGCCAGCUCCAUGGUCAACCCCAUAUUCUACACCAUCUUCAACAAAGUCUUCCGGCAAACUUUCAAGAAGGUCCUUCUUUGCAAGUACCACAAAACGGAGACCUGGCGACCAGCCAUUAAAAAGUGAAUGCCUGUCACCACGAAGAGUUCACAGGGUAAAGAAGUCGAAUAAUAAUGCUAUGGGAUUCGAAACAUGCGCAUCUCGUAAACGACGCACAGUGGACCGGGUGAAUAAGAGGAAUUUGGAAAUUUCAGUAGCGUAUGACUCUGUUUACACGAAAUUUUGAGGUGGUUUCAUGGGUUUUGUAAAAUUUUCUUCGAGAACCACCCCCCCCCCCCAUUUGGAAUGGAAAAAAUCAAUGGGAGAAUGGUAAAAUCACUAAUUAAGGUACGAUCCGAAUUUCUCAAUGCCUUUAAUUUCACGAUAGGCUUAAUUUGAUCUUAUACACUGAGAAAAAACUAUGGUUUAUAAACCUAUUAGAGGUAAAUAUGGAACACCUAUAAUAGUCGUAAAUAAACU